AUGGAUUCUAGUUCAGAACUACCGCGCUCAGGAAUGCUGUCAAGAGGACAGUUGCUUCUCUUCGAACGCUUCUUUCAACUCAGUUCUCAGCCCGUGUUCUUAAUCAUAUGUAAGGAAAAAAAAUUGCAGGAAGCUGUUGCUGUUACCAUUGCAAUCCAGGAAGCCGUAAUUUUGGAGACGGGGAUUGGUGAGUCUCUUGCUGUUUGUGGAGAGAUGGCCUGUGCUGAAGCUGAGCUUGGACCCGAUGAGUUUAAUCAACAAAAUUUACAGGAACAGGAUAUGUGGACUUGGGGUUAUAAGAGGAUCGGCUUUAUCUUGUGGGAACUGAAUUUGGAGAAAUAA